AUAUUUCCAUUUCAUGCCCAUUAAAGAAAGAAAAGUUUGGUGAAUAAAUGGAAAUAUAAGGUGUUAGAAUGAAGAUAACUUAUUGUUAAGUAUGAUUCUCUUCUUGGAAAUCAAGUAGGAUGACCCAGAAACAGCGGUCUGAGUUUCACAUCUCUCAAGGUGAAUGUGUUUGCAUCUAGAGAGAGGAAGUGGUGUGCAGAGGUGGUAAGUCAGUCACUUUCCAUCCAGCAGUGAGAAGAUGAAGUCCGCUGUGUUGCUCUUCAGCCUCUGUGUGUUUCUAAAGUUUGUCUCAUCUGACACCAAAGACGAAGCCGCUCUCAGAGUCGUUCCCAACAGAUCCCAGUUCUUCCAGUACGAGUCCGUCUCUCUGAUCUGUGAGCUGCAGGGAAACUCCUCCACUGGGUGGAGAAUUAAGAGGAACACAUCCAAAUACAUAAACAAAGAUUGUUUUAACUUCUGUGAUGAAAUAAAGAAAUCCUCCUGCUACUUUGAAGACGUCUACCCAUCAGACACUGGAGUGUACUGGUGUGAGUCUGCAGCAGGAGAGAGCAGCAACAGUGUCAGCAUCUCUGUGACUGGUGGUGAUGUGAUCCUGGAGGGUCCUGUUCUUCCUGUGAUGGAGGGAGAUGACGUCACUCUGAGCUGCAGAUCGAAGAAAACUGUUUCCUGUAAUCUCACUGCUGAUUUCUAUAAAGAUGGACUUCUGAUCGGGAGCAGCUCGACAGGAAACAUGACGAUCCACAGCGUCUCCAGAUCUGAUGAAGGACUCUACAGGUGUAACAUCUCUGGAGCUGGAGCAUCACCAGCCAGCCGGCUGACUGUCAGAGCAGCUGACGCUCCUGCAGCUCAGGUGAUGUCCGUCUUCAGGCUCAUAUGGCACGUCGUCGUGGCGACUCCAUACCUGCUGUCCACCAUCUUGUUGAUACUCAUAUACAGAGACAACAGAAGAGCUGCUCGGCUUGUUGGAGGAGACAGAAGCUACGAUGUCGUCAUGGAGACUGAAGACGACAAACCCAGAUACAGAUAUUAAAUAUAUUGUACUGUAGUGAUUCAUCAUAGGCUAACUUACUGUGCUUUAUAUUACAGCUGCAAUAUGUAGGAAUUACCCUCAAAUGUGGCUGCUGUUAGCAAGUUAGCUCAGUUAGCCGUGCAGUUAGUUGCGACACACCUCAGAUUAUCAGUAGCUACAAUAAAACGGGUGAGAAUGGGUAAUGUCUUCAUUCUGAGUGAUUUCAAUAACUUUUUAUUGCAUUUACAUUACGGCAUUAUUGAUAUAAACAACAUGACACAACAGAGAGAAGAAAGCAGCAGCUCAUCAACGCUAAAUCGAUUAUCUACCUGUUGAACUGGCUGAACUUCACAGGUGAAAAGUUCCUUUUAAAUCUGCAUUAAAAUCAUUUCAGUUCACUUCAGUCGUGUCGUAGCUGCAGUCAGCCAUCGGGCGGCGCCACAUUUUGGGGUUUUCUACGGAGGCCCUCUAGUGACAUUGGUGAAAGAAAUAUUAUUAAUUAAUAAUGCGUGGCCACGCGUUAUUAAGUAAUAAUAUUUCACCAGACAUGUUCCGUAGAAGACUGAAUGUUCACGACUACAAGCUUUUGUUGUUUUAAGUUUCUGUAUGAUCUGAUUAUUUCUUUUUUUGUGUAGUACAAUAAUGAUCUUUUUCUUUCUUUAUUUAUUACACUGACUGUAUGAACGCAAUGUAUUUAUAACUAAUGAUAAAUCGUUGACUUGUGUCAGA